AUGUAUGAAUGUGUUGGUAAUAGAAAUAAUAAAAAUAAUAAAAAAAAUAAUAAUAAUAAUAAUAUAAAUAAUAAUACUACCAAUAAUAAUAAUAAUAAUACUACUAAUAAUUAUACUACUAAUUAUAAUAAUAAUAAUAAUAAUAAUAAUAAUAAUAAUAAUAAUAAUAAUAAUAAUAAUACUAAUAAUAGUAAUAAUAAAAAUAAAAAUAAUGAUAAUAAAAAUAAUAAUAAUGAUAAUAAUAAUAAUUAUUAUAAUUAA